AUGCUGUUAACAAUUGCAAUAAUGACGAUGUACCUGGCUGCCAUAUUCCCAAUUGCUCUAUGUUACAUCCUUCUACUACUUGGGUUACGCAAGCUUAAGAAUUGGAUUAUGCUUAACUACAAUAGAACAAUUUGGUUAUUGCAGAAUAUGCUGUUCAAGCAACUUGUGGUCUUAGAAAUAGACUUAUGCGACUAUUCCAAGGCCAAGGAUGUUCUAGUGAUCUCAAACCACCAAGCGGUAUUGGACUGUCUGGGACUCAACUACAUUUUGCACUGCAAUACCAUACCAGGACAAAAUACAUCUACAAGGACUCACUCAAAUUCAUACCAAUAUUCUACCAGAUAUGCUCAUUAUCAAACUUCCUGA